AUGCCCAAGAUAUUGUGCCUCCAUGGGCACGGCACGAGCGCGUCGAUCUUCAAAUCGCAAACGGCGGCCUUCCGUGCAAAGCUCGACAAGAGUUACGUGUUCGACUUUGUCGACGCACCUUUCGCCAGCAAGCCGGCACCCGGCAUUGACGCCAUCUACAAGAAGGAGAAGACGUACACAUGGUGGCCGCAAGCAACACCGGAGGCCAUCCGCGCGGCGCACCUGUGGGUGGCCGAGUACGCGCGCGAGCACGGCCCGUACGAUGCCGUGUGUUGUUUCUCCCAGGGAUGCUCGCUGGCGUCGACAAUGGCGUUGUACCGGGCGAUCGGCUCGCCGGCAAACAGAGGCCGACCUGGGACCGAGGCCGAGGAAGAGACGCUGCCCUUCCGGGCAGCCAUCUUCAUCUGCGGCGGCGUGCCGCUGUCGGCGCUCGAAGACAUGGGGCUCGAGGUGCCGCCGCGCGCCUACGAGAUCAGCCAGCGUACAGGCCAGCUGUUGAACAGCACCGCCGGGCGCCUGACAGAGCUGGCAGCCAACCUGAAGCUGAUCAGGCCCGGCGUCGGCCUUUGGGACGGCAAUUUGCACGACGGCCGGCUGGUGCACGAUCCCAGUGUCAGGCCGGACCCCAGCGACGUCUUCGGCCUCGACUUCACCCGCUUCCACGCCCGCGCGCGCAUCACAAUCCCCACGGUGCAUAUCUACGGUUCCAAGGACCCUAGAUGGCCCGCCAGUAUUCAGCUGGCCGAGUUCUGCGAUGACAAGAUGGAGUACGACCACGGCGGCGGUCAUGAUAUCCCGCGCUCGACAGAGGUGUCGAACCGCAUCGCGGACAUGAUCCGGCAGGUCAUGGCCCGAAUCCAACGACCCGCAGAGAGAUUAGAGCCUGCAAGCCAUGUGGUAUUGAAGCAAUCUGUCGAUGUGCGUACCGGUCAGCCGGCCGUUAGUGUCUAG